CAGUACUAGCGCGCCCCAAGCAGCUCUGCCCUAUUAGCUGUAGUUUACUUUUCUGGAACCGGAAGCAGUCAUACAACUCCAAAGAGGAAGUUGGCGACAAGUUAUGUUCGUCGUGUCAUUCGUUUUCUUAAUGUCCUUGUAGCAUUCGUAACAACGACUGUCAAAAUGGUCUUUACGGGCCAAAUGUUUCUUGCUUUUCUGCCCCUAGCAGCGUUGGUUUUGAACUGCAUUCGUCAUGUUCAUGCCGAGUCGGUGAGUUUCCCUGCCGGAGAGGAUUUCAACUCUUUGUCUGUUGAUGAGGCUGAGUUUGAUCCCACCGUGUUUGACUUGUCUGACGUCAAGGAUACGGGUAGCUACCUGUUUGAUUCGACCAGCAUCGUCAACAAGAAGCUGUCCCUCAACUUCUUCAUUAGAGAUUUCAUCUCUUCCGACAUCAAGUACUUCCGAGCCAAUCCUCUCCUCUUCAGAUGCAUUCAGAGAAUUCAGAAUGAUGUCUCACAAAGGGGCCAAAAGAUUGUCAUCCGGAAGGGUUAUCAACCUCGACGGCUGGCCAACUUGCCCGUCGAUAGCUCAACGGCGUAUCACAGCACCGGGUCUGCAGUCACGGUGGGAAUUGAACCGGGGACAUCUGUCACCAUCGAGGAUUUAGUCGGCAUUGCGGCGCAGCUGUGUGUUCCCCUGUUCCAGGUCAGCAACCAAGACAUUGGGAUUGUCCUGUUUGGACAGAGCCUGGAAAUCCGCAUCCAAGGCCGAGAGGAAGAAGGUCCGCUCUUCGAUGCUGAUCCGACGGCCUCGCUCAGCCAAGCCGAAGUCAGUCAGCGGGCGUGGAACAGCAUCGACUUUGCCUAUGACCCACCCAGGGUUCCGAUUUGCCUUUCCAAUGCAUCCCUGUCCAGUGGUGCAGUUUUCCCCCCUGGUGCCGUCAACGCGGAUGGCUCUGUGGGUAAAAUCCACCGCCCCAUCACCAGGAACGACACCGUGGAUUUUGCAAGUUUGGUGCAGUAUCCUGGUACUCUGAUAGCUUUUGAGAAUGAAGAGAGAUCGGCCGCUUGGUGUGGAGUUGAGGACAGGAGCUGUGUAGACUGCACGGCACACAUGAAGGGGUUCGCCUUAAACAGCAGAUGUGCCGAUCGGACCAUGAGUGCAAGGUUGAUGGCAACUCUGAAGACCCUGGGAAAACUUGUCAGCAUUGAGUGGCCAGGAGUGAAAUUGUUAGUGUUGGAGGCCUGGGACGAGGCUCAUGAGGGCAGCACAUACACUGAUGGGGACCAGCCAGCUGGUUCCCUGCACUAUGAGGGACGUGCUGCAAAGCUUUCGUUGUCGGACGGAGACACUUCCAAGUUCAGUCGCCUAGCAGGACUUGCAACCUGUGCAGCAGCCGACUACGUUGAACACAACGGUGAUCACAUCUUCGUCGCUGCCAAGAAGCAGGCAGGCAUGACGGCCAUCACAGUCACCUUUCCUCGGACUGAGCUCCUUGUGGUCGAGCCACCAGCCAGCGAAGCUGUGGAGUACCAGCUCCCCGAGGGUUUUGAGGGAACGGAGAGCCAACGGCCGCUCUUUGACAAGGAUCAUCAGUUGGGCGUGUUGCUGUCUGACGAUGCCACGGUGAACCAGUUCACGUCUGAGGACGGCCGAUAUUUCCGUCUUAGUCCCCAUCUCCUGCUAUGUUAUCAGGACCUGGUCAGCCAGGAGAAGAAAUGGAACACUGGAGCAAAGAUCAAAGUCCUUCAGGGCUUCAUGACCAAGACCGAGCACAACAACAUCAACCUGUUGGACCCGCGCUACGGUUCGCCCAUCCUGGGCCAAGGCAUGGAGUUGACCUACGACCCCGAGCAUUCGGACGCAAUGGUCCACCACCCGGAGCGGUUGAUGCGACACGCGAUCACUUUGUGCGGCCCUUCCUUCGUUGAAGCUGGCUUCAACAUCGGCAUCGGUCUGUACGAGGACUCGGUCUUCAUUGACAUGCGGAAGACAUUCCACACCUGGGUCGAGAACGGAGAUCUCCUCGGGCCGGGUGAGACGGAGGAGGACUUUAAGAACGAGCAGGGGCGGUGGCUGGUCAGGGCUGUGGAGGGGCGUAUUGUGGAUCCCAAUGAUCCUAUGCUUGCCUGCAGUACGUCCUACCAGCCCAAGAAACAGAGUAUUGACUUUGUACACACUGCCCCGGCAUCUGUCGCGAGCUCAGCUGACGACGAGAAGUGCGUGCCGAGGGAAAAUACGCCGUUCUGCAUGAGGACAGCUCAACACAGACAGGAGCAGGUGGAACGCAUCUGGAAAGAGGUGACCAGGAAACACUUGCUGCACAAUGUUGGUGAGGUGAGGGCUGCCCUGGAAGGCUGCGUGGGUGCCUGCUCCACCUGCAAAGAAGGAGAAUUCUACAGUAAGAAGGUGGAGAACUGCAACAACUUCCUCCAUUGGGUGCCGUUUGGUUUCCUGGAGGAGAAAGACGAGACAAACCUGUACGUGAGGGCCAACACCGAAUUGAAGAUUGCUGCCUGCCGUAGACACUGCAUAGACAAGACGCCGCUGUUCUCUCUCAUGGUUCCCACUGUUGAGAAACUCUAUCGACCAGACCCUAAUCGCAGCAUCAAGGAGCGACUAUAUGCUGAAGAGAACAACCCCUUGCCCGUCUAUGAGCUGAUGCAGAAACUGUAUGCCAUCCAUGCGUCUGGCAUCCUGACUGUUUGGGUCAAAGAUGUUGCGGAACUGAACAUCCUGCAAGAACCCCUGAAGGUGGCUAUGUUGUACAACAAGAAUGUGACGCAGGUCAGAUUCUAUGCCACUCCCUUGAACCAGGCGAGCGUGGCAGGUCGAGUGGCCGACCUGACUGCCGAGUGGACCAAUGGGGGAUGUCUGGACCACUCUCGGACUUUCCUACCUCCUUACGGGAAAGUCAUGGAUUUGCCGUCAGGCAUCUCCAAGCGUAGUCCGGAGCACGACCUGAGGGAAGCCAUGCUGAAACGACGGAACAACUGGGAACGUAGAUGGGUGCUGGACCAUCCCUUGAUUUAGAGCUCCGCAAUCACAGGAGGAGCCGGGGACCCAGAUGAAGCUGAAUGCACAGUGCUGUGUAGAAUUUUGGGGGCUCUUUGCACGGUUGUACUUAAAUACAGAGCUGGCAAGCUUUUACUUUGAAAAAGUAGAACAGCGUACCGGACAGCGUCGUAUCACAUGGGGGGGGGACAAUUUUCAUAUAUUCUCACAGACGGAAGAGUCCGUUUAGUUUUCCUACAGUGCCUCAUGCUGACAACUCAAAUACACAGUCUACCAGUGCGUGCCAGUUACUGAUUAAUUUUGUGAUUUUUGUUGUAACGGAAAACCUUUGCAUAUUCACUUGGAUAUUUGUAAAGAAACCCAGUUUGGUGUGGAAGAGUUGAACUUCAGUACUCAGAUAUGUUAUAUUUUGAAUCAAUUUUGCACUGACAGCCGACGUUACUGAAUCUAACCUCAAAAUGUAGUCUAUUGGCUAUUUGCUGAAAUGCAAGCGGGCGCUUUGUUACAAGGGAUGGUAUUGGGCUUUACUUCGAGUGCCACAAUCAGUUUUGAAUGUGUAAUUUUUGGAGUGCAAUGAAAUUCUCCAAAGCUGAAUAGCCUCGUGUAAAAUAACGUGAUGGAUUUUUGUGGCAGAGGACAACAGUUUUCUUUAUUUUGUAGAGUGGGGGGGAAUGCCCCUCAACAGAGAUCAGUCCCUCCCCCCUUCUCUCUCAGUGUCUGUCCCCCAGUUACUGCAGCUCAUCUCAACUUAGCACAGAAAUUGUAAAGAAAUUGAAUGUGUGAGCAAUAUUAACCUAGUAACCGGUUGUAUAGUCCCUGCCCUGUGCUGUCUCAAAGGACAGUGCAUGAGCUAUGGGAAAUAAAACCUUGAAUAUGCCAAAUUGUCUUUUAAAAGGAAAUUUAAAGCUAAUGUGCCAAGAUCUAAUGUGUACCUUUUUUAUUUUAAUCCAGUGUAUCACAAAAUAGAGUCACAGCUAACUGUUCUGACUAAUAUCAUUGGAUUACUUUUUGCAGCUUUACAGAUUUGAUGUGUAAAAUCAUCCUCCCAAAAUUGUUAAAUUAAUUCCUGAAAUAUCUUCCUGCCACAAACUUUCAUUUGAAUAGACAUUUCUUUCUUUCUUUAUAUUGAUUGAAAUACAGAGAUUUUGAUAUAUAUUACUCAGAAUUUUUAUAUAAAUUUUGUAGUUACCAGUAUUUUGAUAUAGCAGUAUUUAACAAAUUUUUCUACUUGUGUAUAACGUUUAUACGUGUUGCCUGUAGGCCAUCUUUAACGGGCACUAUUUUAGUUCAAUUUGUAACUCUACUUGGUCAAGUUCCUUUAAGCCGUUCGCUAAGAGGCAAACAGUUGUUUCUCUUUCCACUUCUGCAGCCAUAGAUUUGUAGCUUAUGAAAAAUCCAAUAAAGUGGAAGUUUUAUUGGGAAA